AAUGUCCAACUGGGGGUCUGCGGAGACCGGAUCCGAGGUGCCGCCGCUGGACGGGACUCUAAGAUGAAGUUAUGGGAUGUCGUGGCUGUCUGCCUGGUGCUGCUCCACACAGCUUCCGCCUUCCCGCUGCCCGCCGGUAAGAGGCCUCCCGAGGCGCCCGCCGAAGACCGCUCCCUCAGCCGCCGCCGUGCGCCCUUCGCACUCACAGCAUCUUCAAAUAUGCCAGAGGAUUAUCCUGACCAGUUUGAUGAUGUCAUGGAUUUUAUUCAAGCCACCAUUAAAAGACUGAAAAGGUCAACAGAUAAACAACAAACGGCUACGUUUGCUAGAAAAGAGCGGAAUCGGCAAGCUGCAGCUGCUAACCCAGAAAAUUCCAGAGGGAAGGGCCGGAGAGGCCAAAGGGGCAGAAACCGGGGCUGUGUCUUAACUUCGAUCCACUUAAAUGUCACCGACUUGGGGUUGGGCUACGAAACCAAGGAGGAACUGAUUUUUAAGUACUGCAGUGGCUCCUGCGAUGCUGCUGAGAACAUGUACGACAAAAUAUUAAAAAACUUAUCCAAAAGCAGAAGGCUGGUGAAUGACAAAGUGGGGCAGGCGUGCUGCAGACCCAUCGCCUUCGAUGACGACCUAUCAUUUUUAGAUGAUAACCUGGUUUACCAUAUCCUAAGAAAGCAUUCCGCUAAGAAGUGUGGAUGUAUCUGA